GAUAGCUAGGGAUCGAAACAGCUACAAGCUGAUCGAGCUGAGCUAUGGGGGUGCCAGGUGGAGGUGGAGGUGGUAGCAGGGUGGCGGUGGCCAUUGCAGCAGCAGCUGCCUGCCUGUUGCUGCUGCAGCUGUGCGGUUGUGCGGCGGCGUUGCCCAUGAAGUCCGGCGGUGGCGGCGGGGCCAGGUACAAGGACCCGUCCCAGCCGCUCAACACGCGGAUAGACGACCUGCUCCGGCGGAUGACGCUCGCCGAGAAGAUCGGCCAGAUGUCGCAGAUCGAGCGCGAGAACGCCACCGCCGACGUCAUCAACAAGUACUUCAUAGGGAGCGUGCUGAGCGGUGGAGGCAGCGUGCCGGCGAAGAACGCCCCGCCGGAGGAGUGGGCGAAGAUGGUGAACGGCAUGCAGAGCGGCGCCCUGUCGACGCGCCUCGGGAUCCCCAUGCUCUACGGCAUCGACGCCGUCCACGGCCAUGGCAACGUCUACAGGGCCACCAUCUUCCCCCACAACGUCGGCCUCGGAUGCACCAGGUAA